UCCAUUCACAGCGAUUCGUAAUUAUUUUCCGGAUAAUAUCUUCCACUUAUAAUGUAUUUCCUCUCGAUAAAAUUCAACCAGAAGUAGAUUCAUAGCAACACAUAAUUUUCCUCUAGUCAUAAUGGUAACACAUAAGUGCAAUAGACUUCCUACCGAGUUGUGCAACCGAUACCGAUCCUGCAGAGGGCAGCUUAGCGUACACUAGCAUAGUUUGUUGCUAUGAGAUUCUGCUUUCUACCACGAUUGACCGGAAAAUUCCGGCUUCGUUGCUGCUGUCUGCUGACGAUCCUCGCACUGAUAACGUUCUCAUAUUUAUUAGUUAAUUUGGUAAUAACGCACACGUCAAAGAACCAGUGUACAAGAUGCUAUGAGCCGAUGGACGUGGUUUACACCUGGGUCAAUGGCAGUGAUAAGAGAUUUCUAGAUCAGAUCAAGCUGUACUCACCGUUCAGAGAUAAAGCACGGUACGAUGAUAAGAACGAACUGAAAUAUUCGCUUCGUUCGCUUGAAAAGUACGCUCCAUGGGUCAGAAAUGUCUAUAUCGUGACCAAUGGACAGAUUCCAUUUUGGCUUAAUCUGGAAAAUCCUAAAGUACAAAUUGUACAGCAUGCAGACAUAGCAGAUGACGGCACAAUGCUUCCGACGUUUUCCAGUGCCGCCAUCGAGACGUUCAUUCAUAAGAUUCCAACACUUUCGAAGGACUUCCUGUACUUGAAUGACGAUAUCUUCCUAGCAGCUCCACUUUUUCCGGAUGAUUUGAUAACAUUGUCGGAGGGAGUAAAGGUAUUCACCGCUUGGCAGGUACCAGAUUGUGCCCUAGAUUGUCCGUGGAUGUUCGUCGGCGACGGGUCGUGCGAUAGCCAUUGCUAUGUGGAAGAGUGUCAGUUUGACGGAGGAGAUUGCGACCAUCCGGACUAUCAGAAUCAUAUGCAUGAACUGGAGGAUUAUAACAUGUCGAACGAGGGGGAGGAUACGUUUAUCGAUGUGCCCAAGACAUUUCCCAAGGGAGUGAAAAAGACAGAUAAUAUAAGGGACAUUUAUGAAAUGUUCAAACGAGUUAAUGGUUCGUCCACGAAGCAACUGGUGGAGAAGUUUAAUAGGGAAAAAUUGAAAAGUAAUAAAUCAACCUCGAAGAAAAGUUCGGUCAAAAACGAAAACGAACGAGAGGACAAAAGUGGCGAGAAGCUGUCCAACUCUAAAGAUAUUUUUGCCCACUCAUUGAUUCAUACCAAUAAGAUGUUCAACCAGGUUUACGGAUUUAAAACUAGAAAAGUCCUGGCCCACGUUGGGUUUCUGCUGAAUGUGGACGUUAUAGAGGCUAUGUUGGUCCGGUUUUGGAAGGAGUUUGCCGUUACAAAAAGUCAUCGCUUCCGAGAGAAGAAUGAUCUCCAGUAUGCCUUCACAUACUAUCACUUCUUGAUGAGUGAAAGCAGAAACAAAAGCGUUUCGGAAAUUUUUGAUGACUUCGAUACCGAUGGAUCGGGGACUUGGUCCGAUCGAGAGAUUCGAACGCUGUUAGCAAAAAUAUACAACCUUCCUCUGGACUGGUCAGCGGUGAGGUACUUCGAAGAAGUUGUUACCAAUUGCUCCCUGCACCAGAACAACUAUCUUCCUCUGGAGCAUCAAUUAGAGCAAAAGUUUGUUUAUUCAACUUUGGUUUAUGAGCGAUAUGAAGACUCUACCAUUCCUACCGUCACCAAAGGCCUGGUGUUGGCAUGCCGCGAAUUGACCGACAUGAUGAAAAUGAACUUCGCACAGGUUCCACUGUACAAAUUUCACAUCAAUCAAAAAACUGGAAUCUACAGCAACUUCAAGAUGCUGACGUCGAACAUCACUCAGGUGGUCGAUGCACUGGAUGAACUGCGAAAAAAUCCCAAGAAAUUCAACUGCAUUAACGAUAACCUCUCUGAGGACAAUCCCGAGGAGAACCAAUUGAUCUCAGCUCUCUUGGAAGAUUUCUAUCUCUCGCUCUUUCCGGUCCGAAGCCAGUUUGAGCUGGAGAACAACUAUCGGAAUAGAUUUCAACACUAUAAUGAUUAUCGGGCGUGGUUUUCCCGUAAGACACUGUUCCGGAACGUGGUAUAUGUAAUCUGCGUGGUAGCGUUCAUGGUUUGCGUCAAGAUACUCUGCUUCCGCCACAAAGGUAAAUUCGCUCGAACGUUGGUGUUCCUUAGUAGCCGAAGUGAUUACAGCACUAUUUGACGGUUACACUGCUAGAAAUUAGGGAAUAUUAUGCAUAAUUUUGUGAUUCUUACUUUAAUUUAUUGAAAUACAAUACGACAAAAU